AUGAACAUUAAACAAGAUUUAUUUAAAAGUGUAAUAGGAGAUAAAGGAAUUAGAUUGAAUAUAUUCGAAUGGGUACAUUGGAUAACAAUUAGAGUCACUGAUAGACCAUUGACAUGUUACACUAGACAAUCUGUUAAACGGUACAAUGAUAUAAUCAACGUGACAUUGGCCAAAGAUGAUGAUGAAAACUUGGUUCGACUGGAUACUAAUCAAUUGGCAGAGUUGAUUAAAUACAAGAUACAAAGAAAUGAGUACUCAUUUCCAAUCACUCAAGAUACUUUAAUACAAAUAUGUUCCAUUUCAACAAUGGAUGAAUCAAUAUUUAGAUUGUUUUUAAAUAGAAAUGGUCAUCUCUUUACAAAAUAUAAUCUAGAGGAAAUCAUUCAAACGGUUUGUGAUAAUAGUGAUACUUCAUCAUCAUCAUCAUCAUCAUCGUCAUCGACAAUAAGAAAUGCUCGUAUAUUAUAUAACGAGUUUAAAGAUAUUGGUAUACAACACUUGGAAUCUAUAAUCAUAAAAAAGGAAAUGAUGAUGGAUCGAGAACGACAUACUCUUGAAAUGGUUAAUACAAUAGAUGGCUUUGAAUCAAUUGUUUCUUCUUAUCAUAAGCGUAUCAAAGUACCAAGAGAAUCAAAUCAAGAUAACAUUUCAAAAGAUCUUUUAAAUUCAACUUUAAAUAGAUUAUGUAAUAAUAAUAAUUGUAAUAAUAGUCAACAAAAUAAUAUUCAAUUGAUAUUUAAAGAAAUCAAUGAAGUAAUAGAAAGAAUAAUUAAAUCUUUAUCAUCAUCAUCCACUUCAAAUUUUAAAAAUCCAUCAUAUAUUUGGAUCAAUUUAAUUGUAUUAAGAGUACUUGGUGACCAAAACAAUACAAAUAGGUUAGAAAUAGUAAAAAACAUUAUAAAGAAUAAUACAAAUAAUGAAAUAGUGGAAUAUCUAUUCAAAUUAGAGAAUGAACUGUGUUUGGAGAAUUGGGUGUUUGACAUAUUAUGUAAACAUGGAACUUUUGAUCAAGUUGUAUUUGGUAGUAAAUUAAUUGGUACGCUGGAAAAGAAAGCGUCAUACAAAGCAAUGGAUUGGGCAGCAAAUAAAGGAAGGUUGGAUGUUGUACAAUAUUUACUAGAUCACCGAAAAGAGCAAUGUAGUCAAACUGCAGUACAAGGGAACCCACACUCUGACGUAGUAAGACUCAUACUACAGUACAAACCGACACUCAUGAAAUUCGUUACUAGACAGUCAAUACUAGUAAUGGGUGAUAUCGAUUUCCUUCAAGAGUUGGACGCUGACCAGCUCUUUGGCAAAGAUCAAUCCCAUUCACUUGAGACACUGGUAAUCUCACGAACUGUUGCCAAAGCAGUAUUGACAAGACAUUCACAACUAGCAUCCAUCAGGAUGAUCGAUUAUCUGUUCUUUACCUACACUGAACAAUUUCCAGUCUAUGAUUUCAUUUCAGAAGCAUGUAUGCUCGGACUUGAACAAGUGGUCUAUCAUUUACACCACAUUUAUUCAACACACAAUAAUAUGACUAUUACACCACACCCAAGUGUCAAGACAACUAUAUUUGAUGAUGCAUUUCUCUAUGGAAUGAAUCAAAAUAUUGUAGAUUUUUUAAUAGACAAUAGAAAAGAAGGGUUUGGGCCUGAAUCUUGGAAGGUUGUUGGUCAGAAUGGUACGGUUCAACAAUUUGAAAUGUUAAAAAGAUGGUCCCUAUCACAAGAAAACAUGGACAUUAUGAUAACCAAUUCAAUUCGAUAUGGAAAUAUUGACCUUUAUCAAUAUAUUAAAUCUAAUAUUGGUAUUGAUGAAACAAAAUUUAAAGUACAAGAUUUAAAAUAUGCAGCUAGAUUAUACAAGGAUAAAAUGGUUCUUUUGGGUGCUUCACAUUUAUCUCUUCAAGAUUUAAAUGAUUUAUUAUUCCAUUUAUUAUGUUUUGGUAGAACUGAUAUAGCUAGUCAAAUAUAUCAACAAAUUAUAGUCAAUAAUAAUAAUAAUAAUAAUAAUAAUCAUAUUGUUGGAUUAACAGAAAACCAAAUCAAUUAUUUGAUUAAAAGGUUUGACCAUCAAGUUGUCGAUUUUUUGGUUGAAAAUAAUUUUUUAAAUCAAUCUUUUGUAGAUAGUCAUCGAUUUAAAUUAUGUCAUCCAAGUCUAUACUAUUAUCAAUCCAAAUAUUUAUCAAAAUAUUUUUCAAACUUUAAUAAUAUUUCUCCAAUCAUUGAUACAAUUAAUAAUAAUAAUAAUAAUAUAAAAUUACAAAAUAAUAUUAAACCAACAACAACAAUCAACGAUCAAAUAAUAAUUUUAAAAGUUUUAAAGAAUAGAUAUUUGUUAAGAAGAAUAUUUAGAUUAAAUUCACCAGUUGCUUCUGUCUACAAACAAUUCACAUUUGAUAGUUUAAUUUCGUACCGACCAAAAUUACUAUUACUUUUGUUAAAAGCAAACCAAACGUCUGAAAUUAUAAUUAGUAAAGAACAAUUGGAAGAUUUUUGUUGUAAAACAAACGAUUUGGAACUAUUCAAGUUGGUUUACUCGAGGUUCAGGUCAAGGUUUUCAGAUAAUUUUCUAUUUUCUAAAAUGGUAUAUACAAGACCAAGGAAUUUAGAUGUAUUCAAAAUAUUGGCAAAUCAGACAGACCCUGUUUUGGAAUAUAAUGUCCAUCAAAUAGGGUUUAAAUGUUCAGAUGCUGCAUUGUAUCUUUACAAUCUAAAAAGACUACCAGCAAGUAUGGUACAUGGACCAUUUGGAACUAAAUAUUUCAACUAUUCAAAAUCUUUGGAAAAGGAUCAAUAUCUUGAACUAUUGCAAUUGGAAAGAGAAGGAUUGGAUGAAAGGCAAAGACGUGCAACUUAUAAUGAAGAUACACCUCUAGAGUUUUGGCAAUACCAUAACGACCAAAAUAAUAUAAAAUAUUAUGCCGAAAGAAACUUGUCUCCAAAGAUUUUAGAGUUUCGUCUAUAUCAUCCUCUAAAAACUCUUGAACAAUCUACAGCAGAUUCAUUAGAAGGUUGGCAAUUGACAUUUAGUUACUAUGCAAAAGAAUCAAUUGCAACAUUGUAUCAUUUGGUCAAAGGAUACGAAUUCACCUCAGCUUUGCUUAGAAAUUCAUCAGUACUGGCUUACUUGAUCAAUGAACAAGACUAUUUCCCAUCACCAACAGGAAAUUUCUUUUCAAGUCAGCCACCAUCACAUCUUUUAUCAAAAUACUAUCUGCCCGGAAUGAUAAAUCACUCCAUCACACAUCCAGUAUCAACAAAAGAGGAUUUGUUUGCUUUGCUCUAUAUGAACCACGAUGUUUUGGAUAUUUAUAGAAACAUUGAACAAUCUGGCUCUAGAAUUGCCAUCAAACACUCAACCUUGACCAGUUUACUGAUCGCAAAUAUCCAAGACCAGGAACAACGAACAGAAUUGGUAUCUAGUAUAAACCCAACCAUGUUUAUGCCAAUUGAAUUAUUGCAAGCAAUAGUAGACUGCUACAUGGAGACUGACACUUACUCGCUUCCAAUCCUCAAACAUUUCUUGGGUCCAAAAUUGAAUGAAACUAAAAUGGCUGAUGUUGGAUUUGAUAUGAUUGGACUAAUCAAAUAUACGUUUGCAAGUGCAAGAAAUAAUUCACGGACCUGCACCAACCAUCGUUUUACUAGAAUCUUUAUCGACCAUCUACUAGUGUACACAUUGUCCAACUGCUCUAUCGCCUAUGUCUUACAACUAUUGACAAUUGUAAGAGAUAGCGAAAAAGAAGUGGAUAGAUUGGUUGGAGACGCGCUCUCAUCACCUAAUUACGGCAGUGUACGUCAAUUGGAGUUUAGCAAGAUUUCAGAUGAUGGGGUUUAUCAAUUCUUUUUUGCCAGAUUCCCAUGUCGUGAGGAAUACUUGUUUGCUCAACCAUACAUCAACCAUCCCACUCAAUAUUCAGUUGUCAAACAAGUUUUAUUGGAUAAAGAUCCAAAGGAUUAUAGAUUUAUCAUCUAUGCUUUAAAGUAUGCCUAUAGAACUGCCAAUGUUCAAAUGGCCAAUGAAGCAAUACAAGAUUGUAUUUACGUAAUAACAUAG